UCUAUCUAUCUGAUGAAACUCCAACUUUCUUGUCAUUCAAAGCUAUGAGCUCGUGAUGCCUAGCAGCGCGUAUCUAUACUGUGCGGCGCGAGCUCCUUGUAUGGAGCGACACGCGUGAGGAAGAUCGCGCGCAGAUGGGUGGGGGCCUUGUGGAAACUGAUCCGCCACAUCGCGCACGGUCUAAAACAGACUCUUAACGUAAUGCCAAACCGGAGGGACACGGAAACGCCCCGCACCCGACUCCCCCGGCCAGUCUCCACAUCUCUGGGGAAACAUCUGAACUAAUUCAACAGGGCAAAGGCUGAAGUAGCUUGAGGGACCAAAAGCACCUGAGAUUUGUUUGUGGAAGUAUAGCGGCGCUCAUGGCGGCAGCUCGGCUGCUUUAGGAGGGUCACUUCAGUCAGUGGAUUUUAGAGGGAGAAACUCGUCUGUUGGAUGUCAGUCAGAAGAAUAAUGGAUGCGCUCAGAUUGUCCGCUGCUAUUCUUCUACUUCUGUCUUUAUUCAGCUGUGGAAGCGCUAUACAGUUUCCCGACUCCCAUCUGACCCGGAAAUGGGCGAUGCAGAUGCAGGAGGAGCUGGUGCAGUUGAUCGAUGCUGAGACCGGCAUACAAGAGCUCCAAAAAAUUUUCCUGCAGUUUCGGAACCACUAUAACGUGAAACAAAACAACGCUACACAGCUGGUGGCAAAAGCUGCACGUGAAAUCGAGAAACUUCUUGCCAGUCGUUCCAAAGCUCUAGAGGCGCUGGCGACGGCUGCGGAGAACCUGCAGAAGGAGCACCAGUGGAAGGAUGAUCUUGAUGUUAAUGAUACCAUCUACUACAAUGCCAAGGACAAGUUUGACAUCAAUGACACUGAAACACGACAUAACCGCGUCAAGCUAGAAUUCAAAGAGGAUCCUGCUUUCAAACGCUCUGUUUCAUACAGUACAACAGCAGUGCACAUUCCCACUGAUAUCUACGAGGGCUCCACUAUAAUCCUGAAUGAGCUAAACUGGACUGCGGCUCUGGAUGACGUCUUUAAGAAGAACAAGGAAGAUGACCCAUCCCUCCUCUGGCAGGUGUUUGGCAGUGCCUCUGGCCUGGCUCGAUACUUCCCAGCUUCCCCUUGGGUUGACACGAAGAACACACCAAACAAGAUUGACCUGUAUGAUGUACGCCGAAGGCCCUGGUAUAUUCAAGGUGCAGCUUCACCUAAAGACAUGUUGAUCCUGGUGGACGCGUGA